UUUAUAAGCGUUUCAACCGUGGCAUUUUACGUCCAAUCAUAUUUUAUCUUAUUCAGCGUUCACCCAAUAGCACAGGGGUUUGUCAGAUUACGUCAGAGCAACAAGAAGUUUCCAAAAUGGUGCUGGAAAGUACUAUGGUUUGUGUGGACAACAGCGAAUACAUGAGAAAUGGAGAUUUCCUACCCACGAGGCUACAGGCUCAACAAGAUGCUGUCAACAUCGUUUGUCACUCAAAAACACGCAGCAACCCAGAGAACAACGUGGGACUCAUUACCAUGGCAAAUAACUGUGAAGUCCUCACCACACUGACACCAGAUAGUGGUCGCAUUCUGUCCAAACUCCACGCUGUCCAGCCUAUAGGACAGAUGUGCUUCUGUACGGGCAUCAGAGUGGCUCAUCUGGCCCUUAAGCACCGACAAGGUAAAAACCACAAAAUGAGGAUCAUUGCUUUUGUUGGAAGUCCUGUAGAGGAUAAUGAAAAAGAUCUUGUUAAGAUGGCAAAGCGCUUGAAAAAGGAGAAAGUGAAUGUGGACAUCAUCAACUUUGGAGAAGAGGAGGCAAACACAGAAAAGCUGACUGCUUUCAUCAACACUCUGAACGGGAAGGAGGGAGCAGGCUCCCACUUGGUCACUGUCCCUCCAGGGCCCAGCCUGGCGGACGCUUUGCUGUCCUCUCCCAUCCUGGCUGGGGAAGGAAGCUCCAUGGUGGGUCUCGGCGCCAGCGACUUUGAGUUUGGUGUGGAUCCCAGCGCUGAUCCAGAGCUGGCCCUGGCCCUGCGUGUUUCUAUGGAAGAGCAGCGACAGAGACAGGAGGAGGAGGCACGCAGAGCUGCUGCUGCUGAGGCAGGCGUGCCCACACCCAGUACUGAUGAAUCAGAGGAGGCCUUACUGAAGAUGUCCGUUUCUCAGCCUGAGGGUGAUGCCGCAGCGCUUCCUGAUUUCAGCAGCAUGACAGAGGAGGAGCAGAUAGCCUACGCCAUGCAGAUGUCUCUGGCUGGAGAGGAGUACGGUGAAACAGGAGCCCCCAUGGACACCGCAGAAUCAGCCAAGGAGGAUGAGGAGGAUGAUUACGACGUGAUGCAAGACCCAGAGUUCCUCCAGAGAGUCCUGCAGAACCUGCCUGGUGUUGAUCCCAACAACGAGGCUAUCCGAGACGCCAUGGGCUCCCUGGCUUCCCAAACGGGAAACAAGCCGGACAGCAAAAAAGAUGAAGAGAAGAAGAAAUGAGCAGAGGAAACUAAAGAUGAACAAUUGCAGAAUAAUGCAUGAAUGAGAUUGUUGGUGUGCCACACUGCACAGCAGCACUCUGCCAUUUGGAAUGACUCCUUCCAGAUGCAUGAAGGCACACACGUAGAAUAAAAAUGUGAUGAAUCAAACUAAAGAGCGUCUCUCAGAAAUAUAAACGAAUACAUUGGAUGUGUUGAAAUGGCUUAGUUAAUUGAUACAACAGAGGAUUUGGGGAAUAACUGAUUUAGGUGAACAUGACCUUGUGUGUUUUUGCAAUAAAAACAUUAGAAUUGUG